CAGGAACAACUACAACCCAAUCUCUUUACCUUUCCAGUUUCCUAAAAAAAAAUAAAAAAUUAUGUUACCAGAAGCACCAAUGCCGUGGAUCGGUAUGUAUGUUGCAGCAGCAUCUCUAGUCUGCAUCCUUGCAAUGGCUGCUGACGUCUUCCAGGGGUUCCGCAACAGAAAACUCUGGUUUCCAUGCAAAUUUUUCACUCUCAACGCAGCUUACCUGACAUUGUUAGGUGUAGCAAUGAAGCUGCCAGUGGAUCUGACUGCUCAGAUGCCAGGCGUAACAGACCAGGUGGCGAAACUUACCAGCAUCACCUUCCUGUCUACAAUUAUAGAAGCACGCAUCAGGAUAUUUUUAUCGGAACACUAUUCUGAUCCACGCAGCUUUAUUCUUGGAUCAAGUUAUAAAUGGUCAACCUUCGUCAUUCACGAGAUGCAGACUUUUGGAGUGGUAGUAGGUACAAUUGCCCCAACAUUUAGAUGCGUCACCGCCACAAGAUUAAGGUGUUCGGGGAAAAGAGUCAAGAGCUACAAAACUGAGUUUAAAACAGAGAAUUAUUGGAUCAAAAGGCUAGUUGGGUGGAAAGAGAGCUCCUUAGCUUUAGGAUUCCGGAGUCAAAUAUGCAAAAAACUCGUUUCUAGCACAAAGAAUCUAAUUGUGGACUUAUGUAUAGGAGUUCAAAUUGUGAUUGUCUUGGCUAGCAAAUUAAUUAUGCUAAUCUCUUUUGUCUUCAUAAGCCCGUUCUUGUUGUUUGGGGACUUGUACUACAAGGUCAUAUCUAAACAUAUUUUCUCAAGCAAUCACCCAAGAUCAGAACUGGAGCCUGCGGAGUCGGAUCUCAGCCGUUAUGUUUUGUAUCUUGAAGGUGAGCAGGAACUGCUCUUGCAGAUUAUGAAGCACAACAGGAAUGCUACUGAUCAUUUUAUUCAGAAGGGUAAAAAUCAGCAGCCAAAAUAUUUGAAAAAGCUUUUAGAUAAAUCUAAAACUUUCAUGGGGGUGGCAAGGUUUGACAGUGACCAUGUUUCAUCGCUACAUUUGGAAGAACCUCUUAAUUGUUGGUCUCUUCCUGUGGUUACUCUUACAAGUAUUGCCAUUGCACUUCCAAGCAUUGAAAAAGAUAAUGUGAAGUUGUUGCUUCGAAGUGUGAAUGAAGGCCUCUGGUAUGCCAAGCUAAUAGAAAAAUUCUUGAAUGCCAAAACUGAUAUGCUAAACAUCAGAAAUGCAGCAGACUCAGUGUGGUCAGGAGUUUAUCUUUUUCGCAAAUGGCUAAAUGCGGAUCUUCAAAAAAUUGCACUUAAUGCAAAAAACUUCACAGAGACUCUUGUGAAACUUGCUGACAUAGCUAAAAAAGGUGUCAUUGAGUUCAAGAAAAACAUGAAUGGAGAUCCGAAGGAAAACCCUCUGAAUUGGCCCAUCAAGGUUAUUGCUGCAAAUUCAAUGUACAGAAUCAGCCAAACUGUGCUGCAAGAUACUGAAGGCAGCAAUGAGACACUUUUCGAGGAAUUAUCUAUUAUGAUCGCUGAUAUAUUGUGUGCUUGCCUCACCAACUUGCCACGUGUCAUACAUAUGAAAUUCUUUGAGGUCAUAGAAAAGAGGGAGGACAGUGUCCGGCAUGCUGCUCAACUUAUUGGUGAAAUGGAAGAGAUCUUGAAAAUCCUUCAAGAACGUAAGCUUCCUAGUCUGGACCCAGCUGAUAAAUUGGCUUACAUUGAUGAGUGGCGUGAUUACGCGAAGGCAAAUACCGAGGCUUUCACUUCUUUAAACAAUGAUGGCACAUCUUCUUCUGGUUCUGGUGAAGUGUAGAAGGCUUGCAUGAGAAAAAAUUGGCAUAUUAUUGGUAUGUUAUGUACUUGUUUACGAGUUCCAUAUGUUUAUAUAUUGUAUGAAUUAUCUGUUUUGAUUUUGUAAAAGCUUUUAAUUAACACA